UUCUUUUUUUUUUUUUUUGAGUCAGGUUUCCUUUAUACUAGGCUGGACUAGAACUAAGUAUUCAAGGCUGACCUUGAAUGUUCGAUCCGCCGGAGUACUGGGAUUACAAGCCUGCGCCACCACGCCCGACGAUUUUCCUCUUUUUAAAAACUGGAUUUUCUUUUAUACUAAAACGUCUCCUAACAAAAUGGAGUAGCUGCCGCUACUAAGAGACCAGAGAAUGAUUGUGCAGCUGAGUUCUUCCAACAAAUGCCUAAGAUUUCCUCUCUCGUGGUUCGCUGCAGCCAAGUGAAACAAUUAUCCGCGGCAAGAAGGCAGUUUGCUAAUCAAGAGGGCUGUCUUUUUUCUUGUUUCUUUUUCUUUCUUUUUUAAAGUGCUUCAGCUGGGGAAGGGGAAAGAGAGGGUCGUGUACCACGUCUUUUUAACCUUGCUGAAGGACGCAGCACUAUUUAUUGACGUAUGCAAAUAACUGGGGGAGGGUGGUGCUUGGGAAAAAACAGGAACCAGAAUCAGUUUCUCCUCGCAGGGUGAACGCUCUGAGUUCCGGUGAAGGGGAAAGAGACGUGGCGAAAUUGCUGUCUUUCUGUCUUAUAAGCACAUCUUUCACCAAUACAGAAAAGGGACCGAGACGUCAGAAAGGCUGCGCAAACCAUGCAGGAUGAUUUACUGAUGGACAAAAGCAAAACCCAGCCCCAGUCUCAGCAGCAGCAGCAGCAGCGGCAACAGCAGCAGCAGCAACAGCUCCAACCCGAGCCCGGCGCAGCCGAAGCCCCGUCCACGCCCCUCUCCUCAGAGACCCCCAAGCCCGAAGACAGUAGCGCAGUGCCGGCCCUCAGCCCCGCCUCGGCCCCGCCAGCCCCCAACGGCCCCGACAAAAUGCAGAUGGAGUCGCCGCUCCUGCCGGGCUUGAGUUUCCAUCAGCCCCCUCAGCAGCCGCCGCCACCGCCGCAGGAGCCCGCGGCGCCCGGAGCGUCGCUGUCGCCGUCCUUUGGCAGCACCUGGUCCACGGGCACGACAAACGCGGUGGAGGACAGCUUCUUCCAGGGGAUCACCCCGGUCAACGGGACCAUGCUCUUCCAAAACUUCCCGCACCACGUCAACCCGGUCUUCGGAGGCACCUUCUCCCCACAGAUCGGCCUGGCACAGACCCAGCACCACCAGCAGCCGCCGCCGCCCGCGCCGCAGCCGCCGCAGCCAGCGCAGCCCCCGCAGGCGCAGCCCUCGCAGCAACGCCGCUCGCCCGCCAGCCCCAGCCAGGCGCCCUAUGCGCAGAGGAGCGCCGCCGCCUACGGCCACCAACCCAUCAUGACCAGCAAGCCGUCCUCAUCCUCGGCCGUUGCGGCGGCUGCUGCCGCGGCCGCCGCCUCCUCGGCGUCGUCCAGCUGGAACACGCACCAGAGCGUGAACGCCGCCUGGAGUGCCCCGUCCAACCCGUGGGGUGGCCUACAGGCCGGCCGGGACCCUCGCCGCGCUGUUGGCGUGGGCGUGGGCGUGGGUGUAGGGGUACCCUCCCCGCUUAACCCCAUCUCGCCGCUCAAAAAGCCCUUCUCCAGCAAUGUGAUCGCGCCACCCAAGUUCCCUCGUGCGGCCCCGCUCACCUCCAAAUCCUGGAUGGAGGAUAACGCUUUUCGAACCGAUAAUGGUAACAAUCUGUUGCCUUUUCAGGACCGGAGUAGGCCCUAUGACACUUUUAACUUGCACUCCUUGGAGAACUCCUUAAUGGAUAUGAUAAGGACUGACCAUGAGCCUCUGAAAGGUAAACACUACCCUCCCAGUGGCCCACCAAUGAGUUUCGCUGAUAUAAUGUGGAGGAAUCAUUUUGCAGGACGCAUGGGAAUAAAUUUUCAUCAUCCAGGAACCGAUAACAUUAUGGCACUUAACAGUCGGUCUUCUCUCUUUCCCUUUGAAGACGCCUUCUUGGAUGACAGCCAUGGCGAUCAGGCUUUAUCCUCUGGCUUAAGUUCUCCCACUCGAUGUCAAAAUGGGGAGCGAGUGGAACGCUACUCUAGGAAGGUGUUUGUUGGAGGCCUUCCUCCUGACAUCGAUGAAGAUGAGAUCACUGCCAGCUUUCGCAGAUUCGGACCUCUCGUGGUAGACUGGCCUCAUAAAGCAGAGAGCAAGUCAUACUUCCCUCCUAAAGGCUAUGCCUUCCUGCUGUUCCAGGAAGAAAGCUCAGUGCAAGCUUUGAUAGAUGCCUGCCUAGAAGAGGAUGGGAAACUGUACCUGUGUGUGUCCAGCCCCACCAUCAAGGAUAAGCCGGUGCAAAUUCGACCGUGGAACCUAAGUGACAGUGACUUUGUAAUGGAUGGUUCUCAGCCUUUGGACCCCAGAAAAACUAUCUUUGUUGGGGGAGUUCCACGACCCCUUCGAGCUGUUGAACUGGCAAUGAUAAUGGACCGUUUGUAUGGUGGUGUUUGCUAUGCUGGCAUUGACACAGAUCCAGAGCUGAAGUACCCCAAAGGUGCUGGGCGUGUUGCGUUCUCCAAUCAGCAGAGUUACAUUGCAGCCAUCAGUGCACGCUUUGUGCAACUUCAACACAAUGACAUUGACAAACGGGUGGAAGUGAAACCGUACGUGCUGGAUGACCAGAUGUGUGACGAGUGCCAGGGCACGCGCUGCGGUGGGAAGUUUGCCCCCUUUUUCUGUGCCAAUGUCACCUGUCUACAGUACUACUGUGAAUACUGCUGGGCCAGCAUCCACUCCCGAGCCGGCCGCGAGUUCCACAAACCGCUGGUGAAGGAGGGAGGCGACCGCCCUCGGCACGUCCCGUUCCGCUGGAGCUGAGCGCCGGCCGGGCAGACCCAGCUACAAGUACUGGAGUAGGAUCACAAGGAGGAAGAGAGGGCACUGCCUCAGGGCUCACGGUGUUCUGGAAAUCUGUGCAUUCGUUCUCGAUUUUUAAAGAAGAAAUGGGUCUUUUUAUUAUUAUUAUCAUUUACAGUCCAUAUUACUGAACUCAGCGUCCAGUAUAAUGCAGAAUCGCAGAGUGUGUAACGGUACCCAUUUGCACUUUGACUCACAACUUGUCUGCUUGUACCUUGAUUUCUUACACCUGAUCUGUCACCUCCACAGUACGUAGACUGCCAUUCUCAUCAGCGGCCGUCAGGUUGCCGUCUGUGACUCUUUGUCUGGUGUUGUGUUGUCGUCGCUCUGACUGGUUCUGACUGGUUCUGACUGGUUCUGAACUGGAGCAUGCACUGAUUUUCAGAAACUUAGAGAGUCGCCCCUAGGACGAGACUUACCAAAGGUCCCACGUGUAGGUAGAGGCCGGCGUAGCAAACACUUUACAAUCCGCAAUCAGUAGAGGGGUCACGUAGAGCAAGGAUAGCCCUUCAUGAAAAUAAGCCUGUAGCUGCUCUGUACUCUGACGUGUACGGAUACCUCACAAGCUGGAUCUUUCAUUUCCUUCAUGUUUGGUUUUUGUUUUGCUGAGGAUUUGGGUUAGAUGUUUUAGUGUUAUGUAAAUUUAUGCUGCAAUAGCUUUUGCUGCUAUUAAAAGAUAUUGUUGAUACCAUAAUACUCUGUUCAGGCUAAGGUAUCAAUUAAAAACAAAAACAAGAACCCAACAACACACUUUGAUGGUUUAGGGAUAGAGCAAGCUGCCGGAGGAGGUCAGAAGAGACCAGAGAGAGCCAGCGGAGGCCGCCGUUCCUGACUGCAUGUUUACUUAAUGCGGUUGCUGCAUGCAAUAAAUUUUAUAUCCAAUGUCUAGUAUAAAACCUUCCCACAAUGCACAAAUUAAGAAUCUAUAUAAGCUAUAAACUACUCAUUUUUUUUAAAGAUUUUUUUUAUUCAAAAGAAUUGGUAAUCGGUGGGAGGAAGGCAUGCCUUGUGUCCGUGGACAGGAAGAGCUCAUAGCAGGACGACCAUUACUCAAACCAAUAGAACACCUAGGUGUAGGAUACUCUUACAGCAAACCUGUGGGUGGUAGAUGAAGUACUGCGGUGCUGUUAUAUCUUGUGCAAUUUAUUUUAUAUAGUAAAGUGAUUAUUAUGUCUAACUGUGAUCAAAUGUAACUGUCGAAAGCCUCCGCGUCAGACAUUAGUGGGCGUGACCAUUCAUAGCUGGUACGUUAUUAACCCCUGAGCUCUGAGUUACGACCUCGUAAUUCUCACCCCACUUUCCACAGCUUCAGAUCUUGUCCAGAAGGCCAAAGAGCUCGUCCUCACUCUCAAACACUAAGGAUGGACACAGAAUCUAGAAAUAAGCUGUCAGAAGCCACGUGAGGGUGAUGCUAAAGCAAUGUCUGUCUGGGUGAGUGACUGAGCAGACGCGGCCUUUGGUGUGAGACACUAACCACCAGGUCCCUGGAUUCACCCUGGAAAGCCUGGCUGGGCUGGCGCCCUGCUGUGCUUCCGUGGACAUUGUUUUAGCAUUCGCUCCUGGGCUGCAAAGAGGAAUAGAAACAUGCACGGUGAUUGCAAGACUGUAAAGCUUUUAAUCCCUUCUUCCUUUGUUCUGAAUUCUGGGGACAAUCUGACUGGAUGUCACACUGCAGAGUAGAUCUAAGUCACUGUGUUUUUGUGCUGUGAUUUCCUGUACUGUCUUAAAGUUAGUGUUGCCUGGUUUUUGUUGUAGUUUGGUUUUUGUUUCUCCAGUGUUGAGUUGUGAAUACUGGCUCUCCGGCUACAGUUUGUUUUCAAAAAGAGGAGAAAAAAAAAUAGUUUUUUACUGAAUUAAAAGAUGCCUAUUAGAGCCCUCCCCCUUGGGGUUUUCUCUGGGCCUUUUGGUAAUAAUUGCUUUUCUGCAGCCCAGAUGUGGUUUCGUUUUGUUUUGUUCCUUUUUUCUAUGUUUGUGUUUUACUUUUUUUCAUCUGUAUGGGAAAUUUUGUUACGCACUACUACUUUUUAUAUUCUAGACCGUUUUCAAGAGUUGGCUGAUGGUUUUUGUUUGUUUGUUUUUAAGGAAAAGGCAUGCUUUCUGACUGACCUGAUCUUUUGCAAUACCUCAAUUUUGAAAUAUAGGAAAGAAAAUGAUAUUUUCUAAGUAAGUUUAUUCAGAAAAUAUAUAUUAAUUUAAUUCUGCAAGAAAAUGAUUUAACAGAUGGGUAACUUUAUUUUUUUCAUGCUUAUUUGUGUUUUUUGAAAAUGAAGAAGUUAGAGCUUUAUAACUAUAAUAUUAAAGAUCAUAUCUAACCUACAGAAAUCUACCUAAUUAUGUGAAAGAUGCAGAUGUUUGGAAGAAGCUCCCCUCUUUCAUGUUCUAAAACAACCCUGAGCUCUAGAGAAGCUGGAAGACUGGGCAGCGUAAAUAACGCGGAGGCCACAGUGUCUGUCGCGGAGGGAGACCAGGUUGUGAGAGAGACUCCAUUAUUGCCGGGAGUUGUGACUUAGGUGACGGAACUACUUUCCCUUGAUUUGUAUAUUUAUAUCAAGUGUUGAUUGUGCGGCUGACCAGGAUUGUGAAAGAGUUCUUCUGUUUGUAUUUUUUUAAAGAGAACUUUUUUAGUUUAUUAAAUUAUAACAUGUUCCCUUUUGUUUUUGUAAAUAAAUGUGCCCCCCCCCAAGUUCUUAAUGUUAUAUUAAAAGAGAGGGUCCUUCAAAAAAAUUAUUUUUUAAAACACAGAGGUGUUCUGCCCUGCAACUUGACUGGGAAGCCCCUGGUAACACAGGCCCUGCCGUGGCCUUCCUUGCUGGGACACUUGAAGUAGUGGACUUUUGAAGGCUGUACUAACCUCGACUCUUUGUUGUUACGUGCAAUACUGUUUGUACUGUUUGUAUAAAAAUAGAAAAAAAGAAAAGAAAAAAGGCAUAAAUCUUUAUUGCAGAUUUAUUUUCAUUGCAGACUUUAGACAUUGUGACUCACAGAACACUCAUUUUCUACUGUCAAAUACGUACCUUUUCCUCAUGCUGGUAUUUUUUCAAUAGUAACGUAGCCUUUGUACUGAGACAAAUUUUCAUUGUUAUUUUUAGAAAGAUUUUUUGCUAAGAAAAAAAUUAAACAUAUUUACAUAUUUUUCAUUUUAUUUCGUAUUUUCUUUAAGGAGUGCUUUCUCAAUCAUUACUAGAGUUGUUUCUGGGAGGGACUUUCAUAUCUGGUCAACGUCAUAAUAUUAUUUUGUAUUUUUACUUGGAAUAAAUUAAUUUUAUGAUGCUAA